AUGCUGCGCUCUCUGAGGCGACGUCCGGCGACGGUGCUACCACACCGGGCGCUCAGUACAAAGCGUGAGGGACGUAAAAAGGAAGAAAUGGAGAUCCAGUCAUCGGUUCGGACUUUGGAUUACGACGGAUACUUGUGCGGUCUGCUACUGCCGCUACUGACUCGGCCGUCCGUCUUUGCAAUUCGCGCUUUCAAUGCCGAGAUCGCGACUGUCAAAGACUCGGUGCAUAGUAAUCAGAUCACAGGCAAGAUCCGUAUGCAAUGGUGGAGAGAACGUAUCUACCAUCUGUAUGAAGUUUCAGCUGCAUCGGGUGCUGCGAGACCGGAGCAGUCGACCAUGUUACUGCGGGGGCUGGACAAGGCUGUUCAAGAGCAUGACUUGACACGGAGAUGGUUUGAGCGGAUGCUGGAUGCGCGUGACCGAGACCUCGAUCGUGAUGAAGUUCAGGACAUUCAAGAGCUCGAAGCAUAUGCGGAACAGACAGCUUCGUCACUGCUGUACCUCACUCUAGAGUGCCUCGGUGUUCGCAACGACACGGCAGACCGAGUCGCGGGACACGCUGGUGUAGCUAUUGGCUUUGCGACGCUGUUGCGAGGCACGGCGUACCAUACUUCACGACAGCAGUCUUACCUUCCUCAGGACCUCAUGAUCAAGCAUGGUGUGACCACGGAGGAUCUGCUAGCCGCGGUUGAAGACCCCAAGUUGGGCGAAAAAGUAGCGCCAGUGGUGUUCGAUGUCGCUUGCCGUGCGAUGGAGCACCUCCACGAAGCUCGAUCGCUGCGGAAGGAAUUGCCCAUUGAGUCGCGCAGGGUGUUCCUGCCCCUAGUGAGCGCUGCGAUGUAUCUGAAGGAGCUGGAGGCAGCCAACUUUAAUGCCUUCGCCGCGGAGUUGCAGCGCCGCAACAUGUUUCAGAUGCACGUGCAGGUGCUGAAGCACUUUUUCUUGCGCAGAUAUUAG